CCUGUAUCAAGCACAGGCAGCUCAUUUCGAAAUAGGAAAUCCCGGUAAUAAGAUAAAUAAGCUUAUUUAUCGACCCUUUCCGGACUUUCGGAGUACCAGGGGAGGAGUAUUUCCUCGAAAACGAAGCUCCGAGCUCAAGCGUUCUGCCGAACUGAACUAAGAUGUCUUCGAAAUCAUCUACGAAACAAGGAUCUCAUUCCACGAAACACUCCAAGUCACAUUCCAAGUCGAGCUCAAAACACCUGACGGACGACUGGACGGACAUUGCAGAGCCAGAGGAGAGGAGGCGGAUCCAGAAUCGGCUGGCACAGCGCAAGUUCAGGGAGAAAGCCAAAGAACAAAAAGAGAAAGCGGAGCGGGAGUCACGGAACCAAGAGAACGCCGGCAGCAGCUACCGGCUCCCCUCGUCGGACGAGAUCGCCACUGAUGACGGCGUAGAUCUGUCCGGGUUGCCGUGGGGGAGCCUAAGCAUGCGGCACGUACUGGCGCGGGGCUACGAGACCGAGAGCCGGCGCAGCGGCGGGAGCGGCGGUGAUCACACGACGCAGGACGGGACGACGGCGCAGCAUCAUCACCAUCGUCAGUACUACGCGGCUUCGUCGGCGACGUCGAGUCCCUACCAGCCACACCAUCAGACGACGCCGGCGACCACCUACGGCGGCAGCAGCACCACGAACAGCAGCGGGGGCGACGACUUCUCAUACCAGGAUGCGGCGUCGUAUUACUAUGACUAUGAGUACGACUAUGAUUACGACUAUGAUUACGACUACGAUCAGAAUAACAGCCACGGCUCUUCGUCUCAUCACUAGGUAGAUAUGGGGUAGCAGCCAAAGGGGAUAAGGGAAUAGGCUAAGAAAAAAGGGGGGUGGGGGGAAGAGAAAAGCUGCAAGGACGGCAUCUAAACCCACCCUCUAUCUUCUCUUUUUCUUCUUCUUCUUCUAUACAUACGCCUAGCCUCUCAGCUCUAAGAGCUAAGAACCCACCAUCGGGCCAGGGGUCCGAGAAUAGCGCUCCAAGGGGAAGAAAAGGAAAUAAAAUAGGAGAAAACUAGUUGUUGGU